AUGCCAGCCAUUCAUGUAUUAGACGACUACUACCUCACCAUCACCGCUCUCAUCACCGUCGGCUACCAGCUCUUCUUUUUCGCCAUCGCUUACACCUGUAACUUUGACAAACUCACCGACUUCGCCGGCGGCUCCAACUUCAUCAUCCUCGCCAUCACAACCCUCUCCCUCAAUCACCACCAUCAAGCCCGCCAACUCGUCACCACCCUCCUCCUCAUCGCCUGGGCCAUCCGCCUCACCACAUUCCUCCUCUUCCGCAUCCUCAAAACAGGCAAAGAUGACCGCUUCGACGGGAUGCGCCAAAAGUUUUUCCCCUUCCUCGGUUUCUGGGUCUUCCAGAUGCUCUGGGUCUGGACCGUCUCGCUGCCCGUCACGGUGCUCAAUUCGCCGGCCGUGACGCGCUAUCCACAGCAUCGGUUUGGGACGGGGAGGGACAUUGUGGGAGUUAUCAUGUAUUCCAUCGGUCUUGGGAUUGAAACCGUGAGCGAUGCGCAAAAGUAUCGGUUUCGGAGCUCACACGAUGGCAAAGCUGUGUGUGACGGGGGCUUGUUUGCUGUUUCGCGGCAUCCGAAUUACUUUGGGGAAAUUCUCGUCCAUUUUGCCAUUUAUAUGAUUGCCGUCUCAUCAGCUGCAGAUGGCUUCGUCCACGGCCAAGCCUAUAAAGCCCUUUAUACCACCAUCCUGGGUCCAUUCUUCCUCGCAUUUCUCCUCCUAUUCGUGUCAGGGGUACCGCUAUCGGAACGCCCAAAGACAAAGGCACGAUAUGAAAGCGACAACAAUUGGCAAGCCUAUGAGCGCUGGUUAGAUCGUACCAGCAUCCUCAUCCCAUUCCCUCCGCAGCUGUACGAGAAGAUGCCGACAAUCUUGAAAAGGACUAUCUUUCUCGAGUUUCCCAUGUAUGUAUUCGACCCAAAGAAGCACUCUGAUAUAAGUCAACCCGGAGGAGCUGCGGACGAGGGCGAUGUAGGAUCUGGAGGAGAGGACCAAACCAGUUCUCCACAGAGCGGUGAGGAGAGGCUGAUAUAG